AUGGCCGAGAGGGACUUCUUUCCUCCCAGCUUCGUCGACAGAACCAUCUCUUUCAAAAGCCCCGACUCCCGGUGGCGUCUCACCCGCAAAUUGCGGGAAAAAAAUUCUCAACUCAGUCACAGCGAGGCUCGCAGAUGGCCAGGAAAAGCUAGUGCGCUCUAUGGCACAUUUUUGUGCACCAACUGCGAUGACGCGAGCCACGAGGCCGUCAUGCGCAUUGUCAUGCAGAUUCCGUUUGCAGGGUCGGAGUUCGAGAGCGUACAAGAAAAAGCCAAACAAGCCACCGAAGCCCUCCCCAGAGAAGCCCGGGACAUGUUGAAGGCACUUGAGCUGCUCAGGCAGCAUACCUGUCGGUCGGGCCCGCGCCUCUUGGCUGUGAAUCAGCAGACUCAAUCUCGGGAUGACUUUGUGCCCGGUGGGUUCUUUAUGUGUCUGCUUGUUGAAAAGUUGCCCGGCAAGCAAUUGGACCGUUCGUUCUGGGACUUUGAGUGCGCCAAGCGUAACCAGAUCAGAGCCAGCUUCAAAAGCGCCUGGAUCGAGUGUCUUCGUGUUACUCGAUACUAUCCCACUUCCGGGUUGCGCAAAAUCUUCUGGGACGAGGCGACGAAUAGCCUCUCCUUCUACGACUUUUUGACUGGCAGUAUACUCGAUCACGGUGAAGAAAGAGUCUGGAAAGAUCUCAACUGGAUCUACUGGGGUCUGGCCCAAAAACCUAUUCGCUAUGGUUCUUUUCCGCCGAGGGAGGGUCGCCUAGGGGAGCAGUCUUCUGCGCCAGCGGAGGCUCGUCUGAAGACGGAUGACUGGGGUUGA